AUGACGUCGGUCGGCGAGCCUUUGGAAAUAAACAGCUCCGAGUUGGUUCGACUCCUCAGGGAACGCACCUCCGCCGGCUGCGUUGUUCUGGACUGCAGAGCCUUCCUGGACUUCUCCGUGGCGCACAUCAGCGAGUCCCGGAACGUCAACUGGAACUCGAUGCUGCGCCGCAGGUCAAAGGGCUCCGAGGUGGCGCUGGACUGGCUCAUCCCGGACAAGGCGCUACUGGGCCGCCUGAGGAGGCGCGGGGAGUCACCGCCGCCGCCGGUAAUCGUGGUUGUGGUGGACGAGCGCAGCCGCUCGGUGGAGCAGCUCAAGGAGGAGAGCGUGGCUCAGAUGUUGCUCUCCGCCCUGCGGAACGAGAUCCGAACACAAAUUUGCUUCCUCCAAGGUGGAUUUGAAGGAUUUUCCGAGGCCUUCCCGGAACUCUGCUACAGAAAAACGCUAAGUGCAGAGGAACCAGUGCCAAAAGGAAGCUCAGGCCGGAGCACCCCUACAUAUGAUCAGGAUGGUCCUGUAGAACUGUUGCCCUUUCUGUUUUUGGGCAGCGCCAUCCACUCAUCUCGCCGGGAGAUCCUCACAUCAGCUGGCAUAACAGCUGUGCUCAACGUGUCCUCUUCAUGCCCCAACUUCUUUGAAGGGGAGUUCCAGUACUUGCGCCUCACCGUGGAGGAUAACCUGGCCGCGGACAUCCGAGCUUGCUUCUCCACGGCAAUCUCUUUUAUUGAUGAGGUGAAUAGGAGCGGGGGCCGAGUGUUGGUGCACUGCCAUGCAGGGAUAUCUCGUUCGGCCACCAUCUGCCUGGCAUACCUCAUGCACGCCCAACGGGUGAGACUGGAUGAGGCUUUCGACUUUGUGAAACGGCGCCGUCGGGUCAUUUCUCCCAACCUGACCUUCAUGGGACAGCUUCUGCAGUUCGAAACGGACGUGCUGUAUCAAGGCUGA